AAGAUGCGCUCUAGAACAUUUCUGAUGCUUCCCGACAUUUCUUUACUACUCGGGAGAAAAUGUGACGCAGAGUGAAGCGCGAGGAGGCGGGAGGCUGUUUGUGGAGCCGCUUCAGGGUGAACUUUAUCCUGCAGAGCCACCAUGCUGUGUUGGGGAAACGCCUCCUACGGACAGCUGGGUCUGGGCGGGAUCGACGAGGAGAUUGUAGUUGAGCCGCGGAGGUGUGAGUUUUUUCACGGGAAGCGAGUGAGCGACGUUGGCUGCGGCCGCAGACACACGGCCUUCCUGCUGGACGAUGGGACCGUCUACACCUGCGGCUGCAACGACCUGGGCCAGCUGGGUCACGACAAGACCAGGAAGAAACCAGAGCAGGUCGUGGCCUUGGACGCACAGAUUAUCGUGGCGUUGUCCUGCGGAGAGUCGCACACGCUGGCCUUAAACGACAAAGGCCAGGUUUUCUCCUGGGGGCUCGGCUCAGACGGACAACUGGGUCUAAAUAACUUUGAAGAAUGUAUUCGAGUUCCGAGGAAUAUCAAGAGUUUAUCAGAUGUACAGGUCGCCCACGUUGCUUGUGGGUUCUGGCACUCCCUCGCUCUCUCCAGAGGCGGACAGAUCUUCUCCUGGGGUCAGAACCGAUACGGCCAGCUGGGGCUGGGCCUGACGGGUCAGGGCGUCUCCACGCCUCAGGCCGUCCAGUCGCUCCAGGCCAUUCCCUUCGCUCAGCUGGCAGCAGGUGGCGCUCACAGCUUCGCCCUCACUCUCUCUGGUGCUGUGUUCGGCUGGGGCCGCAACAAGUUCGGCCAGCUGGGGGUCAACGACACCAACGAUCGCUGCUUCCCAACUCUCCUCAAGUCUCUGAGAUCCCAGAGAGUGAUCUACGUCUGCUGUGGAGAAGAUCACACGGCCGUGCUCACAAAGGAAGGGGGUGUGUUUACGUUUGGCGCAGGAGGGUACGGACAGCUCGGCCAUAACUCCACCAACCAUGAAAUCAACCCCAGGAAGGUGUUUGAGCUCAUGGGAAAUGUAGUCACUCAGAUUUCAUGUGGCAGGCAGCACACGCUGGCCUUCACACCCGCUUGUGGGAAGAUCUACUCGUUUGGACUGGGAGGGAACGGCCAGCUGGGCACGCGCGCUACCUGCAACAGGAAGAGCCCCUCACCUGUCAAAGGACCCUGGGCCACUUCCGGUCCCUCGCAGGAGAACGACUCGGAGCAGAGCUGCUUGAUCAAAAGGAUUUACGCUGGAGGAGAUCAGAGCUUUGCUCAUUAUUGCAGCACUUAUGAACCUCAGGACAUGUACAAUUUGACAGUACAAAAUCCUCAAAGAAGGAUUUGCACCCUGAAUGAGGAGAUUAUACAGAAAUGGCUGAACAACUCACCAGGAAGACUCCCAGUCGACGUGUCCAAUGAGAUCGACCUGCUGUUCUCCUCUGCCAGCUGCCUGAACGGCUCGUUUCUGUCCACCAGUCAUCCGGGUCACUUCAGUACCAGCAGUAAAUAUUCUGGCGUGGACAUGAACAUGGCUCGGCUGCUUCUCCACAGACUGAUCCAGCAGGACCACCCAAAGAUUUCUCAGCAGGUUGCUGCCAGUCUGGAGAAGGAGCUGAUUCCCAAACUGAGCAGCUCUCCUCCAGACAUCGAGGCGUUGAGGCUCUACCUGUCGCUGCCUGAAAGCCCCCUGUUCAGCGACCGCAGCAACUACAUCACCAUCACCAUCCCCUUUGCCAAAUGCGUCGUCGGCCUGAAGGAGGCGCCGCUGAAGGUUUUAGGGAACUGGUGGUCCACAUUCGAGCCGCUGUUCUUCCAGCGGCUGGUCGACCUCUACAAGGACGUCGUCGUGUUUCUGCUGCAGAUGCAUAAAAUGGGCAUUCCUCCGGCGGAGCAGCGGAUCUUCACCUGCUUCAUGGACACUUCGCUCCGGUUCCUGGAGAUUCUGCACAAGGUGAACGAGAAAUCAGGAAGCAUCAUCCAGUACGACAAGUUCUACAUCCACGAGCUGGACGACCUGAUCGACAUCAGGAACGACUACGUCACCUGGAUUCAGCGGCAGAUGUACCCCAUGGGCCGCGACGGUGUGGUGACUCUCUGCAAGUAUCCCUUCGUCUUCGACGCUCAGGCGAAGACGGCGUUACUUCAGACAGAUGCCGUCAUACAGAUGCAGAUGGCGGUGGAUCAGGCGCAGCUGCAGAACUUCAGCUCCAUGUUCCUGCCCGCUGUGGAGUCGGUCAACCCCUGCCUCAUCCUCAUCGUUCGCAGGGAGAACAUCGUGGGCGACACCAUGGAGGUCCUCAGGAAGUCCAAGAACGUCGACUACAAGAAACCACUGAAGGUGGUGUUUGUGGGAGAAGAUGCGGUUGAUGCUGGAGGUGUCAGGAAAGAGUUCUUCCUCCUGAUCAUGAAGGAGCUGCUGGAUCCCAAAUAUGGGAUGUUUCGCUACUACGAGGAAUCCAGACUCAUCUGGUUUUCACACAAGACGUUCGAGGACUUUGACCUGUUUAACCUCAUUGGGGUCAUCUGUGGUCUGGCCAUCUACAACUUCACCAUCGUAGAGCUCAACUUCCCUCUGGGGCUUUACAAAAAGCUCCUGAAGAGGAAACCAACGUUGGAAGACCUGAAGGAGCUCAUGCCAGACGUGGGAAGGAGCCUGCAGGAACUACUGGACUACACUGAAGAUGACAUUGAAGACACUUUCUGCUUGAAUUUCACUAUCACAGAGGAUAACUACGGAGCCACUGAAGUCCUGGAGUUGGUACCAAACGGUGGAAACAUUAAUGUCAAUAAGUCAAACCGGCAGGAGUUUGUGGACGCCUACAUUGAUUACGUCUUUAACAAGUCGGUGGCUCCGCUGUUUGAGGGAUUCUUCUCAGGUUUCCACAAAGUGUGCGGUGGGAGGGUUUUAGAUCUGUUCCAGCCGAGCGAACUGCAAGCUAUGAUCAUUGGCAACACCAGCUACGACUGGACAGAACUGGAGAAGAGCACUGAAUAUAAAGGAGAAUACUGGGCCGAACAUCCAACCAUAAAGCUCUUCUGGGAGGUCUUCCACGAACUUCCGUUGGAGAAGAAGAAACAGUUUCUAUUGUUCCUCACAGGAAGCGACCGCAUCCCCAUCCUGGGCAUGAAAAGCCUGAAGCUGGUGAUCCAGCCGACCAGCGGAGGCGAGCAAUACCUGCCUGUUGCCCACACCUGCUUCAACCUGUUGGACCUUCCCAAGUACUCCAGUAUAGAAACGCUGAGAGAGAAGCUUUUACAUGCGAUAGAUCACAAUCAAGGCUUCAACCUGGCCUGAUGCAAGAAGAGGACUGGAGCUCCGACUGUUGAUGGCGAACACAUUCCCACAUCGCUCACUGGCUGGAGAGAGAGUCCCAUUUUCCAAACUUAGUUCUUGCCAUCACAGUAUUUCAAUAUUAGGAUUAAUAUCAGCUGUGAUAUACGGCUAUGUAGAUAUGCUUUUAUUCAUGUUUGGAUGACGCAGGUAUGAUGAGGCAGACUACUGCCGUGUACCAUAAAAAGCUCUGAAACAAAACUCCUGUAAGAAGCAGUGAAACAGCAGCAAAAAGCUUAAAACAUUCGAUCCGGUGUCUCUAACUGACGUCAAAACAGGAAGUGAUCUCGCCCAUAAAUCCAAAGAUAAACGAAGAUGUGCUCUAAUCCCAGACGUGGCACCGUGUUGGGAGUCAGUCGCUGUAUUUUACAGGAGUUGUGUUCAGCAAAUGUUUGAAUCUGCACAAGCUGAGAGCUUUUGAACCCGGACUUCAUUUUAUUGGCUGUAUGCCUUAAACAAUCCACAGAUUAAAAAUAAAGUACAGCCACUAAUAAAAAUCCCUCUUGGAGGUUUGAGUGGUUAAACUUGGCGGUCAA